AUGUUCGCAUUUUUAUUGAUCAAUAUUUGGUCUGCAGACAUAUCUAUUGAAGGAUGCACAUACCAAAAUUCAUUCACGGUAGGAAUGGGGUCACACUUAACACGUACAGUUUCGAAAGGCACUGUUUUAUGCAUAGAAGGGUCAGUAUUAAUAAAAUCCGAUAACCCAUUUGUCGCUACAUAUAAAAUCAUUGAAAAAGAUCGUCAAGGAACGAAAAUUAUUAUUAAAACAGGAACAAAAGAAAAUCCUUUUUUAUUUGGAGCCAAAAUGAAAGAAAAUGAAAUGAAGAUUGAAGCAAUGGAUCCUUCACAAGAUUUGAAAUUAGAAAUUGUUGGUAUUAGAACAUCAGAUCCCAAUCUAUUAAGAUCAUAUAGCAUUUUUACGACAAUGAAAUCAUUCAAUAAAGUCAUUGAAAUAACACCAAAAAGAGCAUUAGAUGUAUUCACGUGGAAUCAAUAUCCACUAAAUUUCUCUGUGAACCCUCGAAUGGUAUAUAAAGAGUUCUCUAAUCUAACUAGUUUUUCUCAAAGUUUUUCUCAACCAACGAGUUUCAAAUAUUGGCUUGGUUUAACCACACGUUUUGAGCCAAUUGCGGAGAAAGUUAAUGUUGUAUGGGAAGAAGAUACUACUGAACAACCAAUUUCCGGUUUCAAAAAUCCAUUUGGUGAAGAUGUAUUAUAUUUUCUCCCAAAUGAAGAUGCAUUCACACUUGAAGAAGUUAUCAAAUAA